CCCUAAUUUAUAUAAUAUUUAUAUUUGCCCAAAAAUUUUGAAAUUAGGUUACAAAACAAAAUUUUCGAGUUUGACAAAAUCAUCCAAAAUAAAAAUUUUUUUACAAAAUUUGUAUAUUUAUAAAUGGGAUUUAAUUGCUAUAAUAAAAAUCCUUAGCGGAUAUUCAUUAUCUCCAUACUCCCUUGUUAGUCGGAAUCAAAGAACAAUAAAGGAAUAACAAUGCUCAAAUUCAACUCAAUUAUGAAGUGUAAUAACGACAAAAAAAAAUUACUGAUAAUCUCAUUACUCCUGAUUCAAUUAUUGAGCCGAGAGUUCUCUAUGGUUAACGCGCGUUUCUACGACAUUCGGUCGAGUGAAUCGAAACUAACGGAUACCGAAAUCGAUGAUAUGAUAAAAGUUAUAAAGACUCAUAAAGUUACAUACUGCGGCAAUAAUUUGAAUAAAAUAUUGCAUCUCGUGUGCAACGGGGUUUAUUAUGAAGGCAAAUCUAGAUUUAAAAGAGGUCUCUUGAACGAAAAUUCAAAUUAUGUAGAUUCAUCUAACAAUUAUAACGAGGACGACGACUCUGAUGAAUCUGACGAUAUCAUCCAUCAACCAGGUACUAAUAUGUUAUCUAGAAAACCAGGUGCAUAUAAAGAAUGCUGCCUUAAGGCUUGUACUAUUUUACAAUUGAGGGCAUUUUGUGGUAAACCUAAAAUGUCUAUAGAAAAUUUUUAAAUUCCUUAUGAUUACAAAAAAACACAAUUCAAAUGAUAUUUUAUUUAAAUAAAUAUUAUUAAUAUAUUUAUUCAUUUAUUUUUUUUUUACUGAUCGAAUUUUAAUUAAAAAUUUUAUAUACCACAUAGUAUUUGUUUUAAAACUUAUCCACAUUCUUAGAAAAUACGAAUCAUUUAUUCUUGUCUCGCUUCUUAAUUAGAUAAUUAACUUUUAUAAACUAUUUUUAAAAAAUUCGAUCGAGAUAACAAUUAUUUAUCUAUCAAUUGUGAGAACCAAUGCAGGCAAGGAUGGCUUGUAAUUAAAAUGUUCAUAUUCGCUUAAUCAGCCUCUUAUCAUUAUAAAAUUUGAUGUCCUUCAAAUAUAAUAUUAAAUCAAAUAACGAUUAAAUUAAAUAUCUUAUUUUUAUUAUAUAAAUGUAUGUAUACUUUAAUUUAAAUAUAUGUAUUUAAUUUAAUAUUUAUAUUUCUAUAAUAUUUUUGUUCUGCAUUAUUUGUUUUAAUUUUAAACAAAAAGACUCAAUAAGCACGCAAUAUACUGUGUUAUUAUAAUAUUAUUCUAAAAUCCCAUCAAUUUAUCCUUUUUCUAUUUUAAUAUGUCCCAUUUUUUUUUCAAACACCAUGCUCUUGUUCUUUAAUUUAAAAAAUGUGAUUUAUAUAUAAAUAUAUAAUAUCGAUACUUUAUAUUGCGCAUAAAACUUAUCUUUUCAACGCGAUCUCAUAUAUUAUUUAUUUAUUUUUAAAUAGAAUUAAUUUAUCCAAAAUAUUUAGAUUUAUUUAUAUUACCUUUUUUUUUUGUAUUAUUGAAUUUGUAUUAAAUGUCCAGUGUCUACAUGUUCGUGAUAAAUA